AUGGGGACAGACAGGACUCAGCCCAGCUUGCUGAAAGAUCUGACCGGUCUGAUUGUGGGAGCACCAUAUGUCGCCUUUGAAAAACUGUGCUGGCAGGAUAGGGAGGUUGCUGAUGCUUGGAGGGAGACCGGCCUUGCGUACAGCUCUAGAAGAGGAAUUUGGCUUGGUGUGGAAUGGGAUGAUCCUCAGAGAGGAAAGCAUGAUGGUACCUACGAAGGAACACAGUAUUUUAAGUGCAGGCAUCCCAGAGGAGGAUCCUUUAUCCGGCCAAACAAGGCAAAUUUUGGAGUAGAUUUCCUUACGGCAGUAAAGGAUCGGUACGGACUGAAUGAUGAGCAAGAUGUGCAGCAUGGGGCACAGGACACAUUGGUAGUCGGAAAGAAGACUGUGGAAUUUGUUGGCAUGGACUCUAUUACAGAACAACAAAGCCAGCUGAACCGACUGGUGGACAUCUCCGUGCGGGGGUGUGCAGUGAGCCAUGCCGGUCCCACAGAGGAGAUCAGCAGAACAUGCACUAAUGUCAGGCAUAUAGAUCUAUCAAAAAAUCUGGUAUCAUCUUGGGAGACGGUAACAGCUAUUGCUUCUCAAGUUCAAAAUCUGGAAACACUUGAUGUCAGUGAAAACAAAAUUACAUUUCCAUCUACAUCAACUUCUGGAUCCAGCGUAUUUUCAAAACUGAGGAUUCUAGCACUUUAUCAAACUGAGAUAACAUGGACAGAGGUUCUUCUUUGUGCUCCAGGAUGGCCAGUACUUGAAGAAUUGUACCUUAUGUCUAACAACAUUACAGUUUUGGAGAGGCCUGAUAAUGUCCUGCAGACCCUGAAGCUGUUGGACCUUUCAGACAACCAGCUGCUGGAUGGAGAUCAGCUGCAUCUAAUCGCACAUCUCCCCAGAUUAGAACAUCUACUACUUAGAAACACUGGAAUAUCUUCUAUACACUUUCCUGAUGUCGGAUUUGGAUGCAAGACUAAAAUGUUUCCUUCACUAAAACGCCUUGUAAUAAGUGACAAUAAAAUAUCGCAGUGGGCGUCUAUCAACGAGCUUGACAAACUGCCAAGCCUGCGGUUACUGCUGUGUCACAACAACCCUUUCGCGGACACAGAGAAGAACCCAGAGACCCUGAGACAGCUCAUUAUUGCCAAGAUAGGUCAGCUGGAGGUUUUGAACAAGUCCGAGAUCCUUCCCGCUGAAAGAAAAGGAGCAGAGCUUGAUUAUCGCAAAAUAUUUGGCAAUGACUGGUUAGCAGCCGGUGGGAAUUCGAACCCAGACAAAAACAAACCAAGUGAAGAAUUUCUUGCUGCCCACCCCAGAUACCCAUCGCUCUGUCUCAAAUACGGGGCACCUGAAGAAGGAGAGCUGAAGGGACGACAGCCUUUGACACUGAAAAAUCAGCUGCUGACUUUGACAAUUAAAUGUCCUGAGAAACCAGAACAGAAGCCAGUAGAGAAAAAGCUACCAGAGUCUAUGACUAUUCAGAGGGUCAAAGGAUUGCUCUAUCGCCUACUUAAAAUUCCUGGUUCAGAACUGAAACUAUCCUACGAAAGUUCUAAACUGGAAGGAAAAGAAGUUGAACUAGACAAUGACUUAAAGCCUUUGCAGUUUUACUCAAUAGAAAAUGGAGACUGCGUGUUAGUACGGUGGUAA